AUGGGUAGAUUAGAAUUAAUUUUAGGCUUUCGUGGUUGUCUGCGCGAGAUGGACAUGGAGGCUGAAAAUACAAUGAGUAUUGCCUUGCGCGUCUUAACAAAGAGCAACAAGAACAGAUAUGACUCCUAUUGCUUAAAAGCGGUUCCUCUUUUUGAAACUGUUAAAGGACUAAAAGAAUACCUUGUUCAGGGAAGCGGAGAGGAACUUAAAGCAGCCACGACUGGCGAAGAUUUUACGUUUGGUUACUUCGGUGAAGGAAACAAGAAAUUUACGAUCAAGUCAGAACUUCAACUGGCCGAGGCUUUAUCAUUGGUAAAACGGGGAUGGUUACGUUGCGGGCGGACCCACAUUUACCUAAACCUGGAAAACCACAGGGCCACAGUUCAGCGUUGGCAAAGAAAGGAAAAGGUAUGUCACAGCGCGCACUGUAAAAUUUUUACUCUGAUUGUAUUUAAUUCUUCUUGUGCUUGUUUCCUUUUUUUUUCACUUGAUUCAAGUAUUAUUUUUUUUGUCUAGCGUCUUCUGUUCCUGACGACGCCGAGGAAGACGAGAAUAGGUAUGAAGAUCGCCUGUCAAGGCUAAGACCUAAUCAUAAACUGCCCGAGUUUAAACUACGGUGCUGGGCGAGAAUGUUGGUGAGCAACUUUGAAUUUCCCGCUUUUGAGUAAUGCAAAACUAAUGGACUUCAUCCGAUUGCCGUCAUAGUGUUUCCUAAUGUUUUGUUUCAGUCUCAUGGUGCAAAGCUAUACCGUGUGCCCAAAUCAUCUCCUUUAACAUUUUUCUCAANUCUUGUGCUUGUUUCCUUUUUUUUUCACUUGAUUCAAGUAUUAUUUUUUUUGUCUAGCGUCUUCUGUUCCUGACGACGCCGAGGAAGACGAGAAUAGGUAUGAAGAUCGCCUGUCAAGGCUAAGACCUAAUCAUAAACUGCCCGAGUUUAAACUACGGUGCUGGGCGAGAAUGUUGGUGAGCAACUUUGAAUUUCCCGCUUUUGAGUAAUGCAAAACUAAUGGACUUCAUCCGAUUGCCGUCAUAGUGUUUCCUAAUGUUUUGUUUCAGUCUCAUGGUGCAAAGCUAUACCGUGUGCCCAAAUCAUCUCCUUUAACAUUUUUCUCAAAGUUAUUUGCAAUUUCACCUGAAAGGUUUCCUCAUUAUUUAGUUUACGAACUCCACGUGCCAACUCCUUUUUUUAAUUUAUGCAACUCUUGGGGCUUUUACCGCUAUAAAAUUUCGGACCAAAAAUAAAUCUCCUAAUUAAAUAGCUCUUGCAAAUUAACGGUAAGAAAGAGGAAUUCGUUAUAAUGACCCACAGUAUUUCAUAAUAGUGUUUUUAGUGACAUUUUUAUUUUCCCGACGGAAACCAUACAUGUAUUUUUUUAAAAAUGAAGUCGUGGCGCUCGUUACUAAUUAGUCAGGGAAGGCAUACACUGAAUACAGCUAAUUAAUUUAUUGUUGCAUACUAGGUAAACGGCACACAUGACAGCGAAGAUAAACCUCCGGAUUUGCCAUUUUUCACAGGCAAAUCGAAUAAGGUUAAAGGCCGAGCACCAAAUACAACCGACUGCGAAGCUCGCAAUUCAACAGCUGAUGGCGCUGAGAGUAAGGUGAUUAGCAUAAGAAGUUUACUAAUUCUGAAGCUGUUAUCAUCUUUUUUAGCAUUUGUUUGCUUACGCUCGCUUUUUGUUCUCUCUUCGUUCUCUCUUCGUAGAUCCGCAUGCGAAGUGCUAUUUUGCAACAACUGAAGGAUUUGAAAUCACUUAAUAACGAUCGUGUCAUUUCAGAUGACGAGUUUGUUGGUCAAAAGGAGAAACUUCUGAGAGAACUCAGUGCUCUUUAA